AAUUGGGUGCCCUUAAAUUAUCUUUUUCUUCCCUUUCUUCUUUUUUUUUGAAAAAUAAAAAAACCCCUUCUCCAAAUUCAAAUGUCUGAACCCGUCCAAAAACCUCUUCCCUUUGGUUUCCAAUUUUUGGCUGGUGCCAUUGCCGGUGUAUCCGAAAUCUUGGUCAUGUAUCCUUUGGAUGUUGUCAAGACCAGAGCUCAAUUAAGUACAGGUGCUAGCACCGGUAUCGCCGAGACCAUCAAGAACAUGAUCAAGAACGAAGGUGCUGCUUCUCUUUACCGUGGUAUUGCUGCUCCCAUCAUGGUAGAAGCACCCAAGCGUGCUACCAAGUUUGCUGCCAACGAACAAUAUACCACCCUUUACAAAAAGCUCUUUGGAUUUGAAAAGGUCACUCAAUCCUUGUCUGUCAUGACCGGUGUCAGUGCUGGUAUCACUGAAGCCUUCUUGAUCGUCCCUUUUGAACUCGUCAAGGUCAGAAUGCAAGACAGAGCCAACUUGGGCAAGUACAAUGGUACUACCGAUACUUUCAGAAAGAUUAUCGCUGCUGAAGGUACACUUGCCUUGUUCAAUGGUUUGGAAGCUACCAUGUGGCGUCAUGGUGUUUGGAACGGUGCUUACUUUGGUUUGAUUUACAAGGUCAAGGACUUGUUACCCAAGUCCAAGGAUGCUGGUGAGCAACGUAUGAUUAAUUUUGCUGCUGGUACUUGUGGUGGUAUUGUGGCUACUGCUUGUAACACACCCUUUGAUGUGGUAAAGACCCGUGUUCAAAGUUAUAACGGUGUUGGUAUCAAGAAAUACAACUGGACUUUACCUUCCGUGGUGACUGUUGCCAAGGAAGAAGGUUUCGCUUCAUUAUAUAGAGGUUUCACUCCCAAGGUUUUGAGAUUGGGUCCCGGUGGUGGUAUUCUUUUGGUUGUCUUUGAGACUGUUUCCAGUUUCAUUAGAAAGAACAUCUUGAAGGAAGAGUAAAGAGAAGAUGAAUUUUAUUUUUUUUUAUUUAAAAGAGAAAAAAAAAAUAGAGAGAAAUGAAAAAAAUAUGUACACACAACGUAAAAAGGAAACUACAAUUAUUUAUAUAAAACCAAUAAAUUAUUAUGUGAUACGUUUUUGAAACGAA